AUGGCUCCAGCCGCAGCUACAGCUGCGCAACCGACUCCUCCGUCUCUUUCUCUGCCCCCCUCACAGUUCGCGCGGCUUCAACCUCACGCUUACCUUCUUGCCCACUUAUCACCUCCCGCCUCGAGCAAUCAACCAUCUAUCCGAGCCAAUGGCCGUGCCCCUUCACAGUUCCGUGUUACUUCUGCCAAUACGGGCUCCUUGACUCAUACGAAUGGCAGCGCCGUAGUGAGACUCGGCGAUACCACUGCCGUAUGCGGUGUUCGUGCAGAAAUCCUGCACACAGAAGACAUUGCAUCGUGGAGCGUAUCCCGACCACCACCAGCAUCAUCAUCCACUCCAGCAAACAAGCGCCGCAAGCUAACGGAUCCUACGGCCAAGCCGAGCGAAAAGUCCGACGGCAAUAACAAAGAAGACGCCGAUGAAUCGCACAUUCAAGACUUCAACCUUUUAGUGCCUAACCUCUCACUGAGCACCGGAUGCGCGCCAGGUUUUAUCCCGGGCGCACCUCCCUCGGCAUUGGCACAGUCGUUGUCCCACCAAAUUCUCUCAUUGUUGCACAGCACACGACUAGUUCGUGCGGAGGACCUCCGAAUCUGGUAUCAGCCGCCGAAUCUGGGGCCCGAGGAACUAGAACGUCAUAAUGAAAGUGAACAGAUGGAUGUAGAUGCGCCCCAAGGAGAUGCUGGCGCUGAGAAAAACAGGGAAAUCAAGGCUUUCUGGGUGCUUUAUAUUGAUGUUAUGAUUGUUUCGCUGGCGGGUAAUCCUUUCGAUGCUGCGUGGGCGGCUGUCCUUGCUGCCCUCCGGGAUACCAGGUUGCCCCGGGCGUGGUGGGAUGUUGAUAAUGGAAUGGUGGUGUGCUCAGACGCUGUAUCGGAAGCGCGCAAGCUCUCUUUGCAGGGAUUGCCUGUCUCGAGCUCCUUCGGUGUUUUUGAGGCUGAUGCGGCUUCUGGGUGGAGAGCUGAGGUCAUCCCAGAUGCUGAAGAGGAGAGGGCGCUUGAUGACAGCUCUAGAAAGGGUAACCAACGGAGGUGGAUCCUGGCCGAUCCCGACGGUUACGAGGAAGGGCUGAGCCAGGAGAGAGUUUGUGUCGUAGUUGACAAAGAGCAGGGUGGAAAGGGAAAGACUGUUGUGGUGAAACUGGAAAAGAAUGGCGGAUGGGCUGUGGACGCCAAAGAGCUGAAGGCCCUAGUAGACAUAUCCGCGCAAAGAUGGGAAGAUAUAAAACAAAUUCUUGAACAAUGCUAG